CUCUGAUGAUAUAUAAACUCACCUUUUUGGCAGCAGACACAGAGAGGAAAACUUCCAUCAGCAAACUCACCAAAGAAAACUCUUUAAGAACUUGAAGGUGUUGACAUGAAGUUGGGGCUGCUGGUGGUGUUGGCUGUGGCGGUUCUGGUGCCCAGCCUGUCUGAGAGCCGGACCGUCUCCAGAUGUGAGCUGAGAGAUAAGCUGGGGGAGGCGCUCAUCCUGCCCAGAAGACUUGAGAGGUUCAGGGAAAGAAUCCUGGCCAUAGUUAUCUGUCAGGUGGAACGGAGCUCCCGUCUGAACACCGCCCUGGUCAGGGUGUUGGGCAAACGCAUAACCACAACAGCCAAGCCAACAACGGUGGCAGUGACAACCAUACCAACAACCCAAGAACAAACGACCCAAGAACCAACCACCCAAGAACCAACCACCCAAGAACCACCCACCCAAGAACCAACAACCCAAGAACCAACAACCCAAGAACCAACAACCCAAGAACCAAACACCCAAGAACCAACGACCACUGAAGCAACAACCAUUGUAUCAGUGACUACCGGACCAAUGACCAGUACGACGGCGGGAGGCAGCAUGAGACGGAAGCGAGAGGCUGAUGCGUCAGAAGAGGACGUGAGCUUUGAGGACAUGUUGCAAGAGGAAGAAAACAAGUUUGAUGAGGAGGAGAUGGAGAACGAUGACAACAAGAUGGAAGACGAAGACGAAGACGAAGACGAAGUGAGCAACGAGGUUGAGAGCGAUGAGCAGAAGGAAGACAGGAAACGUAACAAACGAUCCGUGCGUCGCUGGAAGCCCAAAAAGAACUUGAGGCCUUGGUCCCUCGGAUAUUACGGGCUCUUCCAGCUGACUGACAGCUACUUCUGUAAUUCCGGUUAUCGCUGGUCCAAAAACGUGUGCGGUACAAGCUGCGAUGCCUUCACCAACGACGACAUAACCGACGACGUUGAAUGCUUUGUGAAGACCAAUUACUUGUGGGCCGUACUUCGCGGCGCCCCUCGCAAGUGUUUCCACACUGCAAAUUUCUUUGCCGAAUGUGAAUGAGCAGCAGGAUGUAACGCCAACAACGACAUCUUCAUCAACAUCACCUCCAGUGUGACCUUUCAACCACAGUUCUCUCCCAAACAUUUGUUCUUUUAGUUAAGCUAUUUUAUUGCUUUUUUGGUUUGUGGGUGUUCUUUUGUUUUUCCUCCGAAAAACACCAGAACUUGAAGUUAAAACUGGAAGUGUAUGUCAGUACUUUGAAUAGUUUUGAUGAUAUUAAGAAAAGCUUGAAUCUUGUUCAUUUCCUGAUAAGAAAAGUCUUCUGCAAUCUGUAAUCCUUCAAUAAACAUGUUUCCUCUGUGGUA